UUAACCAACUGAAGAUCUGAUGGUGACCAAGAAGGUACCUUUUGCUUUUUGAGGAGUAUUUAUAGAUAAAGACUGAAGAUCAGUCUCUGACCACAAAAUCUAAAUCUUAAAACCUUCAUAAGCAUUGAGGACAACGGUCUAGUGUUUGAAGAACCAAGGAGCUUCGGUUGGAGUAUUACUGAGAAGCAUCUUCAUACCAAGUACCUGAGGAUCCUCCUUGCUAGAGCUGCAAUAUUUAUUCUCUCCGAAACCCAAAAAAACUUGUAGUCUCUCUGUGCUGGGAUGGGACCUGAACACUAGGGAACCGUGUCAAGCUCUGCUCUGUAACCCCACACCAUGUUGACCUGGCGUAGGCCGAACGGGCAUCUGCUGCCCCUGGUCCUGAGCCUUGUACUCAUCAGCUGUGCCGCCCGGGAGAGUCAUGAGGUUCUGAAGUUUGAUGAAGACAGUGACUCGGUGAGCACGGAGAGUCCUGAGAUCAUGUCCUCAGACGUGGAUAUUUCUAGUCCUCACAAUACCUGGAUAAUCUUCAGGGACAACUCCAAUAACAGCGGCAGCAGGAAGCCCAAACAGAAUAAAAGAACCUCAAAGCAUGGCCUUCCUGGUCCACCGGGCCCGCCUGGACCACAAGGGCCUCCUGGUCCUCCUGGUCCAUUUCUAUCCAACCAGGAUGAAAUACUGGAGGAUCUUCAGGUGAAGAUUAAAGAGAUGGUCGGGAGCCAGUGUGUGCAGUGUAAACAGCCCCCUCGCGUGGCCACGGCCUUCCACAACCACCUACACCACAACCUGCUGGUGCACCGGAGGAGCCUGCAGGAGCUUCAGCCGUUCAGUAAUCCAUCAGACACGGAGCAGUUUCAUCAGAGAGGACAGGGCUUUAACGCCAGCAACGGGCGCUACACCGCCCCGGUAUCUGGGUUCUACCAGCUCACAGCCAGUCUGAUCCUGGAAUCCAGUGAGACUCAGAAGAAGAAUCAGGCUCGACAGAGGGACAGUGUGAAAGCCUCCAUAUGUAUUGAGUCUUUGUGUCAGAGUAACAUGUCUCUGGAAACGGUAACAGGAGUGAAUCCUACAGGAGGGGUGUUCAGCGUCCUACUGACAGGAACUCUGUACCUGCAGACUGGAGAGUACGUAUCUAUUCUCAUCGACAAUGCCACAGGAUCAGCGCUAACCAUCCACCAGGGGAGCUUAUUUUCCGGGAUCCUUAUCGGAAUAUAAGAACCCAAUACACACACAUACACACACACACACACACACAGAGUUGUCAGUGUUUGCCAAGCCACUGCUUUCUACACACAUAUUCCUUAUCUUUUCAUAUCAGCAGUAACGACGAUGGCACGCAGGCAGACAUUCCUCUCGUCACUACCGAGCUUUAUAGUAAUUAUCCAGGACGGGAGUUUGGCAGGAUAAUUAUAUAAUAAUCAAACAUAAUUAUGCAAUUUAAACAUCUGUCCACAGAGAUGUACCGAAAUUUCUUCCAUUUUGUGCUGUUUGUGUAUCACAACCACCCUAAACAGGAGAAAAACCUAUAUAGAUUUAUAUACAGAUAUUUAUUUUGCUUUUUAUUGGUGAUGAUAAUUGUGAAUGUUAAUAAAUUUUGCUGAAUAUGAA